AUGGCAUCCACAUCCGUAUCGCGUUCACCCAAUUCGACCGCCGCCAACAAACCCUCCUUCCAAUUCGACGUUUCAAAAGUAGCUGGCAACGCCUCGGUCGAGAUCAAAGAGCGCAUAGGCAACAUCAAGGAAUUCUUCUCCAAGUUUGUCCCAGAGCAGUACCGCGACACCCCCUUCUUUGGACGCGCGAUUCAGGACCGGUUCGAGAUUACGGAGGUGUCGGUGUUGCCCAAACCGGAUGAGCCGAGCAAGUUGGAGGGGAGGGUCGUUGUUGAGCUCGAUGUUGAAGAAGAUAUGAUCAAUGGAGGCGGCAACAUCCACGGUGGAUGCUCAGCGUGGCUGGUUGACAUGUGCUCCUCACUGGCCAUGAGUGCCGUGAACCUCACAAAGGAAGGGAAGGACUAUCCCAGCGUAUCACAAGCCAUCAACAUGAUUUACCAUUCGCCAGCUAGCGUAGGCGAUCGGCUGAGACUCAUCAACACGAGCAUGUCCAUGGGCAAGAGGACGACUUCUGCACGCACGGAGAUUUGGAAUGUUACGCACCAUCGUCUCGUAGCAUCGGGAACUCACGUCAAGAUGAUGCCUUCGCCUCCUCCAAAGGCAAACCUGUGA